UGGUGUUUAUGCUUCUCUCUAAGCCAAAUUUAGAAUACACACUGUUAAUAUAGAUCUCUAACAAAUAAUGUACUAUCCCCUUACUUCUUGUUUGAUCUUUCUCUUCCUCUUCUCCUUAUUCUACCAUCUUCCUUGUGCUUCAAGUAAACAAGAACUUGAAUGGUGUGAGACUCUGUUUCAGUGCGGAGAUAUCAGCGCAGGUUUCCCCUUCUGGGGAGGAAAUCGUCCCGAAUCUUGCGGUAAUGCAUCGCUGGAGCUUCACUGCGACAUCAAAAACAUUACCUCUUUAAAUAUCUCCAACCUAAGCUACAAUGUCCUCCAAAUAAAUCAAACAUCUAAUACCCUCAAACUAGUCAGAGCAGACCUGUUAGGUUCUUUUUGCUCCGCUACAUUCAAUUCCACAAUAUUGCCUCUCGAAAUCUCUGAGGUUUUGCCGAUCUACAAGAGCCUCACUAUUUUCUAUCUCUGCAACCCUCGUCUUCAGUACCUUUCCAGUUAUACAUGUCCUGGGAGUGGGAGAGGUCUUGUCUCAGCGUAUCAAAGCCCUAAUUAUCAUAGCUCCUGCCAAGGAAGUUUCACAGUUAAAGUUCCUACCAGUUUCUUUCCAGAAGUGGAAAAAUUGAAUCUAGAUUUCUUGGAAAGUGUUCUAAGAAAAGGAUUUGAGGUGAAAGUGAAGAAUGAUGAGAUACUGUGUGAAGAAUGUUCAUCCUCUCCUGCGCUUUAUAGACGCUGCGCGCAACCGUUUAGUUGUGGCGAUCAGGGCGGUCUCUUGUUCCCUUUCUGGAUACAUGGUAGAGAAGACUGUGGCCACCCAGAUUUUAAGCUCCACUGUAGCAGCAGAUUGGCAGAGCUUAACGUCUCCGCAGGGACAUUCAGAAUCUUAGAUGCAAACUAUGACUCUCGUAUCGUAAGACUUGCCAGAUCGGAUUUUAAGGACAUUAUGUGUCCCACAAAACCACUACAUGUGCCUUUCGAUAAAAGCGUCGUCCUUCCAUUCGCUCCUGACACCAUGAUGCUCACAAUUUAUUACCACUUCCGCUAACGUUGGAAGUCUUGUG